GCCGUCAUUACCUGAACGAAAGCAGUUAAAACUUGACGCCUACUCAAUUUGUCCGCCAUCCUGAGGAAGAAACAGAUUAUGUCUCAGGCGGUCGGAGCAAUUGAGUACGGCGGGUUCAUUCAGAUAAUUGGGAAGAAGCAAUACUUCACCGCAUGUACACCUGCGCCCUCCUCAGUAGUGGGCUUCCCGACAUCUCCGUCGCGGUUCGCCCCUCUCGCUACUGGAGUUGAGGUAUCGCAGGACUCGACAGAGUGUACUCCGCCCUCUGUCGCAGUACCGUCUGCGCCUCCGCAGACCACCGACUCCCCUCCUYCCCCGCCGCGACUACCGACGAGUCGAGCCAUUCGCUCAGCCCGUUGCAGCGAGCAGCUUGCUUCUCGCGAGGACGUUGUGUCCUCUCUUCUGGACUUGAGCGUGCUUCAAGCUCGUCAGAAGCGACUCACCCUCCAUGUCGCUGCACUGCGUCGCCUUCUCGCCAUUCUCUCUGACCUUGAUCGCACCCUCCCGAUCAUCCCCGUACGACUCGGGACCUCCACGAGGGUGUACUCAGCACUGUGGGAUUCCGGUUCUCAGGGCGACUUCAUUCACCCACGCGUGGUGAAGGAAGCCCGCUUACCCACGACAGGGUCUCCGACUCUCAUCUCCGUUACCCUAGGGGAUGAGAAGACCCAACGCUUCUUCGAUCAGACGGUCACCGACCUCCCCUUCUUCCUCACUCUCGAGCCGACUGAGCGUCCCCCGGCGUCUCGUCGCCACCGCUCCUCUGCACAUUUCGAUGUGAUGAUGGAGACGGGGUACGACUUCAUUCUCGGCACUCCGUGGUCUCGUCGAUUCCGCAGCACCGAGGCCGAUUGGGCGACCAACACUCUCGUUCUCAAAACGAAGUGUGGACAGACGUAUCGCGUACCUUUCAUAGGUACCACGACAACGCCACGCCCCGAUCCUCCUCCCCCGGAGCCUUCAGUGCCCACACCAUCUCCCUCUAUCACGGUCACCUCGCCUCGGCAGUUYGCUCACUUMAUUCGAYAGGACGACGUCACCUUCUUUAUGGUGGACGUGACGGAUCUCUUACACUAUGAUCCACCCUGUCCCGACGCCGAGCUCAUCCCUCUGGACCCAGACCCCUCCUCUAUCUCCAUGGCUCCCAUCUCUACUUCCGUCCCUCCGCCGUCCGUCGAGUCCACCCCGCCGAGGCGCGCUGACGCUGACGCUGAGGAACUCGCACGAUAUACGGCUGACUUGGAGCCCGCAGUUCGUGACCUCAUCCGAGAGUACCACGACGUUUUCCCAUCGCCGUUCUCGUACGCCGGCAUCCCACCGAUGCGUGACGUCGAGCACUCCAUUCAUCUCGUGCCUGAAUAUCGUGUUCACCACCAGGCACCCUAUAGACUCUCGAUCCCCGAGGCCACCGAACUGAAGCGUCAGCUUGAGGAGCUCCUGAGACUGGGUUUCAUUAAACCCAGCAACUCCCCGUGGGGUGCACCCGUCCUCUUUGCUCGCAAAGCGGAUGGAACUCUUCGUCUCUGCAUCGACUACCGCGGCCUUAACCGCUACACGGUUAAGAACAGCUACCCCAUGCCUCGUUCCGAUGAGCUGUUCGACCGCCUAGCAGGCAACCGCUUCUUUACGAAGAUUGAUCUUCGUAGCGGUUACCAUCAGAUCCGCGUCGCUGCAGCCGACCAGCCGAAGACAGCGUUCCGAUCGCGAUUCAGCCACUACGAGUUCACGGUGAUGCCGUUCGGCCUCACCAACGCACCCGCUACCUUCCAGAGGGCGAUGAACGACAUCUUUAGGGAUAUCUUGGAGCAGUACGUUCUCGUCUACCUCGACGAUAUCCUGGUCUAUAGUCGUACCCUUGAGGAGCACCUCAGACACCUCCGCGACGUCCUUGAUCGCUUGCGCAGACAUGGCUUCUACGCCAAGCUAAGCAAAUCCACCGUCCUCACAGGAAACUGGAAAUAUCUAGGGGUGGCCGUAGGCCGGGUCGGCCUAAACCCUCGGCCUGUCACGAACGCAUCUAUUGAAGCGGCAGACCUUCCCGAAGUCACAAUCCCAGUCCCCUCAGCAAUUCCCAUAAACACAUCUACGGUGGCAGCACUUCGGACGUUGACCCGGGCAGUCCCAGUCAGAAUGGCACCCCCCUCCUCUGCAAUAGGGACCCUGGCAUCCACCAGGACCACCACCACCGCUACCACGGAGCCGGCGUUCAGCCUCCUCUCCUUCGCGGAUGCUCUGGGGAUCGUCUCUCCCCUGAACCAGGAGCACAGCCACCACCAGGAGGGUGAUGGCCAGCAAACAAACUAUGGCCGGCUUCUUCAUGAUGCUCUUCUUGCCUCGAACUACUUCUUCCGCUUCUCGCAGACAAGAUAGGUGGCUACCUGCUGCUCAGCACGCACGCACGCAUGAAGCCACACAAACG